UAAAUAUGCAAUAAAUAGUUCCUGUUACUUUGGCUUGUCUCUGGCCUGUUGGCAGCCUGGGCAUGCUCAUGCAUGGCUCGAUAAUGGCGGAUCAUUGAGGAAGUAUUAUUGCUGUAUGUGAGCUGUCUAUCACACACCAAGCACCUCACCUUUAAUAAAAUCAUACAUAUUGUGACUGAUAGUUCACUCUAUGGCAAGUAUACAAUAAUCACUAGAUUCCAAGAACUUCCCAGUGGGAGGUUCCACACAAACAAACCUUAUUAUGAGCAGUUUGCUCAAAAUACUCCCACACAGGUGAGGACUUCCUCUUUCUAGCUGGUUCCAUCUGUGAAAUGGGGGAUUUGCAGCACAACAAACAAAAAUGAAACUGGGGGGAAUGUGAAUUCACUUUUAAGUGAGUGACUUUAUCAUCACCUGGCACAAGGCCCUGCUGUAAAACUAUGUUUUCCCAGUGAGUUCUUGACAUGGAAGGUGCUGUAGAGAAGUUUGUGACUGCAGAAGAAGGUGCACACACCAAACAGAGGAGUGAAAUCAUUGACAAACUUAAUAAGUGACACACAUGCACACACAAACACCCAUGAUUUCACCCAACUCACAAACAGGUGCAAAAGAAAAGUAUAUAUAUGUGUAAUAGCUCACGUCAAAACCCUAGAAUUGGGAAAAUAAUCUACACUGCUUCUACUCCUAAACCACUACCUCUCUACUUCUCAAACUAUUAUCUACUAUCUCUAUUUUUUACUCUGACUGACUCUCUAACCGCUAACUCACUCUCUCACAAACCACCUGACAACUCACUACAAACGCCGACACAACCCACAGUGUCCCGCCAGAUUUGAAACGCUUAUAUGAGGAAGCGAUACGUUGAAUGAACCAAUGACGUAACCUGAGCAAACCGAGGCCUCGUUUGUCAUCGGUCACGUGAUUUCCUCGGACACGACACAAGCCUCGAAGCAAGGCUUCAUCUGACACGCCCACUUUUGCUCGAGACACGCCUCGAAGCCUCAGUUCAUUUGUCCCAUCACUAGUAGCAACAUAGAUAUAUACAAACGCUAGAUGUCUCAAGACGGAGUCGGCGGCGUCGUCACUUGGCGGCCAUCUUAGGACAGGGGACUGCUCUGGCGCACUGUACUGUAGUCAAUGGUAAGGUGGAUGAUUUCCUCACUUUAACACUCAUAACUCGCUCAAUUCUUGAUUGAUUUACAAACGGUUUAGUUUAUUACAAGCCUUAUUAAUGUGGUUAUGAGUCAGGCUCAAUUCCGAAAUCGCAGCUUUUCGUUUUGAAAAAUGCGGCAUGAUUGUGUGUCUUUUCUGCCUGGCUACUCACAUUGAAGAUGGUGUUACUCACAAUCUGAUUUUCAAUUAUUAGGUUUUCCUGAGACCAACGUUUUUUGAGAACCUAAUCUUUAGGCGAAAUUACAUUCUUUGUGGUUGUGGUUGUAUUUAUUUGCUUGUUAAGAGACUUUGAUUGAGACCUUAGACUUAUUGUUUGUAUACAUCUAUGCCUGGAUUGGUUAGCCUGCAGCCGAAAUGCAUUGUGGGUAAUGUAGGCACCAGGUUCAUGAAAAGAAAAGACAACAUCUCUGUUUGUUGUGUAUUGAUUUUGGUUGAGCUUUGUUUUUAUCUGUGCAUUAGAAAGCUGAUAGUAAUAAAAAAAGUGCAAUGCUAAAUAAUAAAAUUACAUUUACAUCCAUUUAUGCUGAAAAAAGAUGAUAUCUGUGUUCAUUAUUAUAUGAAUUCAAUGGUUUUAACUAUUCUUAUGUAAGAGUAAAAGAAGUACAUCUCUGACGUUUAUAACAAACCAAGCUGUUCUAAAAUCGGUUGAAAAUUGAGCAAUCUACAGUGAUUUUAAAAUCCAUGCUCCAUUGACUUUAAUGUUAUGAGUGAUCGAGCAGCCCUGUCCCAAGAUGGCCGCCAUGUGGCGACGUCGCUCCCCAUAGGCUGACAGCGCUCAUGAGCCAUCUAGUGUUUGUAUAUGGGUCAUUGACGUGACGCCUAAAUUUUCUGUCCAACUGCAUUUUUUUAAUGUUAAAAAAGGUUUAAAUACAUAAAAAAUACACUAUUUAUAUUUAGCAUCUCUCCCAUAUAUGGAACUAAUUCAACAUUUCAAAAACCAGUAGUUAUUUGUCAUUUUUGUGUUCAUUAAAAUGUCAAAAUAUCAUGUGGUGCAACCGUCCGACCAUGAAUGGUGUUUUGAAAACUUCUGUGAAAUUACUCUAAAUCUAUUGUGAUUUAUUUUCUUCUUUAUUUGGCAUGAUAUAUAAGGUAUUUUGUAUUACUGUAAAAAAUUACAAAGCAUUUACAGGUAAAUUUCCAUCAUAAUAUACAAACAAACUUUGUCCGAUGAUGUCUAUCUCAUUAAAUAUCAUGCGGUGCGACCAUCAAGAAAUGACCGCUUUUGGACUUUUAUUUUCAAAUCUACUCAAAGCCAGGAAGUUGCAUCAUCCACCAUUUUGCUAAGGACUGAUGGAAGCAGCAAGCAGGUUUGUAACUCUUUCAGAAUUUGAAAAAAAAAUAACCUUUUUAACAGCUAGUAUGUUGUUGCCACAAUUGAAUAUCAUGUGGUAUGACCUCAAAAAAGAAAAAUAUUUAAGUUAUUUGUAGAAACAAAUAUUUUUAUUAUAAAUUUUAUUGUAACCUUUUGUGGGAAGCUAGCUUGUUUUGUUAAGAUUGCUAAUCCUGUGACUGUAGGAUAUGACUGAACUUAAAAACAUCAUGUGGUGCAACCAAAUAUCAUGUGGUGCGACCAUUGCAGAUUGUUUUCAAUCACAGAUACAUGUCAUAAGAGUGGCAGCUAUUGUACCUUCUAUAUUAUAUCCAACAUUGAUCCAUAUAAAGUACUUUAUUUUAGUAUUAUUUUGAAUAAUUUUUCAUAUAAUUUGAGUCAUUGUGCUAAUAAUCCAUAAACAACAGAUAUUUUUUUCUUGUACAAUACAAGAAAAAACAAAUAGAGCAUGUCAUUUAACUUUGGUAAUUAUGUAUUCAUUAGUAAUGUAUUAUGUUUUUUCUUAACUCUUAUUAAUCUUUUUUUUUAAUCAGAUGCCACUAUCCAGCAAAGAAAAAAGCGCUCGCCACAGGCAGCGUGUCAAUUGUGACCCUGCAUUAAGGGCAGACUACCUUGCUCGGAGAAAAGAAAGCUACCAGAGAAGGAAACUGCAGGGAAAGAUUCCAUAUGUUAAAUCAAGUGAGCUGCAAGAGAGAGUGAAAAAGAAACAGAGAGAGAAAUGGAGGGCUGCAUCCAGUGCUUACAGGGAGAGAAAAAAGAUGGCAAAUGCUGUAUUGGACCUUACACCACCAUCUAUGGACGACAUUCAACCAGUUCUGGUUGGUGUAGCACAAGAACAGCCGCCAGAGCAGCCAGCAAAUGCAGGUCAAGAAGUGGAGGUCCCCAUACCCCUGAAUGAUGAUUUUAAUCCACCGGUGUCCUCCACACCAGAGAGGGAUCAGAAAAAGAAAACAUCUGUAGAGAAACGUUGCAAAAGACUACAGAAAGAGAAGUGUCAGCUGAAGAAGCAGGUCCUACAUCUGAAGAAACAGCUAGCAGAGAUGAGAAAGUUAAAAGAUAAAUCCAGAAAGCUUGAGAAGAGGUUGAUGGAAAGACAAAGAGUAGGCCUAAGUGAAAAAUUCAAGAAAAGGGGGAGCAAGAAGCUAUCAGUAGAAAGAAAGCAAGCAGUAAUCAAUUUUCUGUGCAGAGAUGAAAACAGUCACCUUUUAGCUGGGAAAAAAGACACCAUCACAAAGAAUAAACUUAAAAUGCAAAGAAGAGUUCUUACAAAAUCCCUGACUGAACUCCAUGCACAGUAUCAAUCAGAGGUGGAACAGCAUCUCUCCAUGUCUUACAGACAGUUUGUCAGAAGGCGGCCUUUUUAUAUCACAGAGCCGAAGGCCAGAGAUAGAGAUACAUGUGCAUGUGUAGAACAUGAGAAUAUCCGGCUGUUGGUGAGCAAACUUGCCAAGAGAGGGAUGUUGAAGACGACCAGCAUUUCAGAAUUGGUGAGUUUGAUUGUUUGUGACCCCAAAAACAAAGCAUGUAUGGAUCGUGUAUGUCCUACGUGCUGCUUUGACGAAGUACAAUUUACUGAGACAGAAUGCUCUGAGGUUUCUUGGGAACAAUGGGAGAGGGUAACUUCAACAGAUGGAGAAAAAAGCUUUGCAAAUGUUUUAAAACAAACAUACACAGGGACAACCGAGGACCUAAAAGUUUUGUUCCACAAAAAGCUUGAAAAUUUAGCCAUACAUCAGUUCAAUUGGAUCCACCAAUCAGAAGAGUUUCGCAACCUCAAACAAACUCUCACACACUCUGAAGCAGUUCUGCACAUUGACUUUUCAGAAAACUAUGCGUGCAAGAUGAGCACUGAAAUACAAGCUUAUCAUUUUGGAGGGAGCAGAAAGCAGGCCACAAUACACACUGCUGUCCUUUAUACAGUCCAUGGCACAAAAUCAUACGCAACACUGUCAGACAGCCUCCGCCAUGAUGAACGGGCAGUAUGGGCACACCUAGAGCCCAUACUGAAAGAGCUUCGGACAACCUACCCACAGAUUACAGUCCUACAUGUAAUUAGUGACGGACCUGUUACACAGUACAGGAACAAAACUAAUUUUUAUCUCCUUAGUACUCUGCCUUUUCUUUCUGGCUUCAAACAUGUUACAUGGAACUAUUCAGAAAAGUCCCAUGGAAAGGGUGCCCCAGAUGGCAUUGGUGGCGCUUUAAAAAGGGAUGCAGAUCUCUAUGUUCAUCGAGGGGGUGAACUACAGACUCCGCUGGACCUGUACGAGAUGCUGGCCAAAAAAUCUGGGUCAACAAUUACUCAUUUCUGGAUAAAUGAAGAGAGUAUCCAGAAAUAUGAUCAGCUGAUACCAAACAAAUUGAUCGCUGUGAAGGGAACCUUAAAAAUCCACCAGGUUUUUUCUUCAGAAGCAGCUCAGAUUUAUCAGAGGGAGGUGUCAUGCUUCUGCAAACAUGCAGAAAUGAAGACGUGCCUAUGUUUCCAGCCUGUAAAAGUAGACUUGAAGUGCACCACUGAGGAUCCCUUAAGUUCCCCUGAGCCAACAAAAGAGCAACCUCUUCAAGAUCUGUGUGGCAAGUUUGUCAUCGUGACCUAUGAUGAACUGCCUUAUGUAGGCCAGGUCCUUCAGCUGGUCGGAGAGGAAGUUCAGGUUACCUCCAUGUGCCAGUCAGGUGAAAAGAACUUGUUCAUGUGGCCACAAACACCUGAUAUUAUUUACUAUUAUAAGAAAGAUGUUCUGUUUGUUAUUGCAGAACCUGAGCGAGCAACCUCACGCUGGUCUAAGUUGAGUGGCACAGACUGGGCAAAGUUCAAAAAUGCUUGGGGUUAGAGAAAUCCCUCUAGUAAACUGUUGCUAUUAGUUAACUGUUAAAUUGUUAAUUAAAGAUGUAAAGAAAUGUUUAUGUUCCGUAAACCUUUAUGAAAUUUUACUAUUGCAGAACCUGAGCAGGCAGCCUGGCUGGGCAAAGUUCAAAAAUAUGAGGUCAGAGAAAUCCCUCCAGGAAACUGUUACUGUUAAUUGUUAAAGUGUUAAUUAAAAAAUGUAAAAUAUGUGCAAUGUUCAGUAAACAUUUAUGAAAUUUUAAUAAAGUCUGUUUUUGAUGUAAUUUUUGUGCAGAAUUUCAUUGUUAUUUAUCUCUUUAAAUGGAUUUUUAGUAAUACAAGGUUGUUAUGUCAUUUGGUGGAACCAAUCAUCAUGUGGUGCAACUGAUUAUAGCAAUAGCUACAUCAAAUUCAAAAUAAAAUAUUUAAUUCCUGUAGCUGAGACAUUAAUAAGUGAUACUAUGUUUAGAUGAAUUUCAUUUUUUAGAACAUUUUUAUCAGUUUUAACUGAUUUACAGGCAAAAUAAGUCAAUUAACCACACAUAAGAAGGUGACUGUGACAUUGUGGAAUUAAAAUAUGAGAUCAUUGCAGAAAAAAACUGAAAAGAAAAACAUGCACUUUGUUUUAAACACUUGAUAUUACUGAGAACUUGUGAAAAAAACUAUUAAGCAUGUUGAGAAAAUGUGUUAAUUCUGAGAUAAAUCAUGGUCGCACCACAUGACAUUAUUUAAGGCCAAGGCCAAUUCAUCUAUAUGAAAAAACACUAAAAUCACUUAAUUUAAGAACCUAAUAUCAAUUCAUGUAAACACAACAUUCUCAAUGUUUGAACAGUUGCAAUUGAUACUCCUAUUUUUUCUAUUUAAAAAUUGGCACAUUGAAAAACCUUAUAUGUCAUUGACCCAUAUAUCUAUGAGUAGCAAGGCUCUUUGCGCCGUAUAACGGUGGAGCCAGAAGGAAAAUGACGAGAAGACAGGCACAAGUCCAAGUUAGUCAAAGAAGCUACACACACACUGUCUGUUGUUUGGCUGACCACAACGCGGAUAAAGUUCCAAGCGUGCUGCUUAAAGCAGACCUCCUUACUUCAGGACUUGGAGAGCAAAAAGUGACAUUUUCAGGGAAUGACAACGAUCCCAUGAUUAUAACAAAUAAACUGAUGGAAGUGUUUCCGAAGCUCAAAGAAGGGGGAGGCUUUGAAUUCCUAAAAAUUGUAGGAUCUACUCGUAGCCGAAAUCUUGUGUUGCUUCCAUGUCCCAGCACUGGAUACACCCUUGCCUAUCUGAAAGAUCCAGCGACGAUGAUUGGACAGGCUACACUCUACAUACGUCCACUUCAACAGGAUCUACCCAUAGAUUGUGUACAUAGAUUUACAGAGCCUCAGUUUAAUACAUAAUCAAAACAAAGCUCACUGGUGACUCUUAAUCAUUAGUUAAACACCAUUUGUUAUUGUUGUUAGGAGAGCUCACAAACUGCCUCUGGUCCAGUCAUCCCCUGUAUCACUUGUCAGAAAGAAGUUCCCUUUUCAGAGAUGAAGCUGCACAGAUUGAGCUGCAAUGGGACAUCCAUGCAGGAAUCAGAGAGAGAACAAGAGGGAGGACGAAGUGAAGAAAAUGAUAGAGAGACAGCCCCAGUCAGUGACAGUGUUCCAGUGAGGCCUGGAACAUCAGCUGAGAGUGCAGUUGUACCAGCAGUGAUUUACAUCGAGGACUUGAAUGACAAGGAAACAGACAAUGAAUGGAAGCUGAUUAAAGAACCAGCUCAAGCUGCCAAAGUUUUCAAAGAGAAGCUGCUAAGUGAACAUGCAUCUGGGAAACCACUGAGAAUGAAGAUGGAUGUGAGGGACUCUGAAGAGGAAAGGGAACGGGAACUUCUCUCUUUCUAUAAACAGCCGCAAGAAUGGGCAUGUCCACUUCACUGUACUCUUCUUGGUGAUGUUGCUGUCGGAGAGGGAGUGAUGCGGUACUUUAUGACAACAAUAAUAUCCAAACUGCAGUUUGGAUUCAGUCUAGAUCUUGGAGGAAUGGGCCGAACACUGCUAUUUGAGGGUGAACCUGACCAUCUUGUUCCAGCAGCAUCAGAGGUGCUUAUUGAAAGCAACCUCUUCCGGGUUGCAGGAAGGAUGUUGGCCCACAGCUUUCUGCAUGAUGGCCCCCAUGUCAGAGGAUUAAGUCCUGCUGUAGUUCAUGUACUGUUCAACGGGGACCCUGAAACGGCAACUGUUGUUACAGAAGACUGUCCUGAUCUGGACAUCAGGAGUGUCAUAGAACUGCUUGAACAUGAAGAACUUACACCGGAACAGAAGGACACGGUUUCAGCUCUUUCCCUGUCUUGGGAUCUCCCGGCAGUCAACAAAACAAAUCGGAGAUGGCUGCAUAACAAACUUCUACUGCAUGCAGUUAUUGGGAGGACCAUGCGCCAAAUUAAACAGCUGAGAAAGGGACUGAAAGAUGUGAUGGUAUGGCCCCUGCUGACAUCGAGGCCAGAUGUUGUCUCACUUCUUUUCCCUAAAAUGGCUGAAAUGCAGUUCACACCCCAGAUGCUCCUAGAAAAAAUCACAUGGCCAGCUGAGGACAGUGAUGAUGAAGACUUUGAUAUAGAGUCCACGUGCCGCAUCACUGGCUUUCUGAGGCUGUUCAUUGAAACGGCUUCAUCAGGCACACUGGCCCAGCUGCUGACAUUCUGGGUUGGCUGGGAGAUGCUUCCUCCUGAACUGAAAGUGGAGAUCUCUGGGGGAACCCUUCCUACGUCCUUCACAUGCUUUGAAACACUAAAGCUGCCAGCUCAUUUCAAAACCUAUGUGGACUUCAAGGAAGCACUUGUCUCUGCCAUACGUAGUGCACAGACUGGAUUUGGACUUGUUUAAGUUUUCAGACAGAUGUCACUGAAUACACUGUUCAGUAGGUCAGGUCAAUUGACACAAGUUCAGUGUCUUUGAAAACAUUUAAUAUACUGUACAGUAGUUGAGAGUGGUUUCAUUUUUCAUAUACAUAUAUAUUUUUUCCACUUACUGAAACAAAGCAGUUGUGCAUCUUCAGCUUUCAGUGUUAACAGAACAGCAUUCAUGUUGUUCAUUCUGGGCCAAUAAUGAGACAGGAAGAAAAGGAGUGGAGCUGUGCAUAAAGUACAUUUACAAUCUCUUAACCAUGAUUUGGCUUUUUUUUUUUUUUUUUUUUAAAGGAAAGCAAACUUUUUCAGUUUAUGCUUGCAUGUUCUAAGAUGCGAAAUAAAAGCAUGAGUUGGACAUCAGUCUGCUAUGAUUGUUGAUAAAACUUGCACAGUCUCUACAUAUGAUGCAAGUGCAUCAGUUACAGAAACUCCUGGAGCUGGCAAAAUGGCAACCUCUUCCUCCGAGAGCUCACGGGCCAGCUGAACCACAGGGACUGACACAGUGCCUCCAUGAAGAGUGUGAGGUCCGUUCCAGUCGAUCCCAUAGUCUUCAUAAACCUGAAUGGAGGACAAGUAUGAUCAACCUUGUACUUAAAACUAGUCUGACACAUCAUUACACAAAAUACUUAAGAUUAUUUUUGGUCAGCAAGUUGGUGAGAAAUGUUGCCUAUCCAGUUUUGUAAAAUAGUACAGUUAUGCAUAGAAUACACAAUAGAAACUACAGCUCAUAGGUUGAUCUUUGAAAACAGACUUGAAGAUGCCAUAACUUCUGUUUCAAGUAAAAUAUUUUCACCCAUAAUUCCUUUGGAGAAACACAUUUAAAAAGUGUUAAAAGUUGAUCUUUAACCUCAGUAGGAUCCUCCAUAGGGCCUUGCUCUCUGUAUCUUCUCCAGAGUUGCUGUGGUGACUGAUUCCUUUCAGUUCUAAGACCAUGAAAGUUCCAAGCAUCCUUGAAAGAGUCAAGGCUUUGCUGGAUUAGUGGAAGGAAGCUCCGGUGCAGUGCAAAAAGAUGGACUUCAUUGUCUGGAUUCAGUGUUCCCUGGUCUUCCAAUGAAGUGAAGAUUUGAUAGAAGAGGUCCAGCGUAUGUUCAUACACAUCUCUCCACAUCCUUUCUAUUCUGUGUUUAGGAUAAAAUUGAGAAGUUAAUUUAUGUGUGACAUGCUAAAGAAGUACAGUCAACUGGUAUGCUGCUUGUGUGAGCCUAGUUGCCAAACAUAUUUAUUUACCGUUGAUUGUGGACACUUCUGCCUGUGAUGUGCGAAUUCCUGUCUGUACCUCUGCUCCUGAUCAUAAAUUCUGCUACAUCUGCA